UUGUAUCCUCUGCACAUGUGCUAACUACUUAGCCAGAAGCAGUGAUGGAAAGCACAAACAACGAGUUGCACUUCGUUUUCAUGAAUUAUGAUCCUGAAUAUGAGCGCCUUCGAUCCAGCAGAACGAAGAGGGGAGCGCAUGAACUUCAUUUGUACUUAAGCAAGAAGCACGAUGAUUUGUUGGCGAAUACCCUCGAACCUGGCAGCUACAAGAAAACUCUGUCAUUGGUCAUCGUUGACGGGUUCGCGGUAGAAAUCACUGAUGAUCAAGCAAAUGUGCUUAGAUCUGCUAAAGAUGUCAGGCUUGUGGAGAAAAAUCAAGAGCUUGCUUGAUGCUAAACAUGUCUGCAAUUCGUAGGUAGCACUAUUUAUUGCUCUCACAUAUAUAUAUAUAUAUAUAUAUAUAUAUAUAUAUAUGGCGUGUGCUGUUUUCAUCAUUGGAGGUAGAAGUUAGGGGAAAACAAGUACGAGAAGGCGUAGUAUAAGAUACUAGGGUUUUAUGAUGCAAGAUUGGGUGGAAGUGUUGAGCAUUGUAAGUGAUGAGCAGGCACUAAGGACUAGGAUAUUUCUCUUUGGAGCUAAUUUUACUGCCUGUCCUUCGGCCUUCUCCUACGGUGAAGUCUGUUCCUUUUAUUUUUUUUUUUUUGGGUGCUCUUGGUGUAAUUAUUAGAAAUCAUAACAUGAUAGUUAUCGUCUACAAUCUGGGAUCUGGAGCUCAUAUCUAA